AUGAACUCCUUCCUUUUGGCUAUGUCCCUCGCUGGAUUGACCAGCGCGUCGGACUUUGAAAUCACCAAGCGUGGUGGCUCCGACUGGCACUUCUAUGAAGCCGUCAACGAUGACUUGGCACGCUAUACAAUUCUGGCCCUAGGCCUUACAGCCGCAGCCUAUUACAUCUGGCAGAUUGCUUUCCGUUUCUCGCAUCACCUUCGACGCCUUGCUAGUUUCAGCGAUGACCGACAACGAUACUUCAUAUCGACAUCUGAUACUUUCUCAUGGAUCAAGGAGCACAUCAUCUAUGCGGCGCUCUUCCGCACCCGACACAAUCAGGAACUUCAACUCUCGUCGGCUAUCAACAUGGGCACCCUGCCCAGCCGAUUCCAUGCGUUCCUUGUGAUUGGUGUUGUCGCUAUGAACAUCACCCUGUGCUGUGUGACGACCCCUUACGGAGGCGAGGAAAGCUCAGUGGCCGGCAUUGUGCGCAAUCGCACUGGUACCAUGGCGACUGUCAACUUGAUCCCGCUCAUCAUCAUGUCCGGCCGUAACAACCCCCUUAUUGCAAUGCUUCAUGUUCCUUUCGACACAUGGAACUUGCUUCACCGAUGGCUGGGUCGCAUCGUGGUCCUGGAGGCUCUCGCCCACGUGUUCGCCUGGGCUAUCCCCAAGGGCAACGAGAAGGGCUGGGACAUCGUCGGCAAGGCCAUCUUCGGAAGCAGCUUCCUCCUGACUGGAUUUGUGGCCGCUGUCGCCUUCGCCGCGUUGCUAUUCCACUCGCCCUCGCCUAUUCGCCAUGCAUUCUACGAGACCUUCUUGCACCUUCACAUUGCAAUUGCAGCCCUUUGCAUGGGCUUCCUUUGGGUUCAUCUCAAUGGGUACGCUGCGCAGACCUACCUGCUCGCGACUAUCAUUCUCUGGGCCCUCGAGCGUGCUACUCGUUUGCUCAUCAUUGUCUACCGUAACUGUGGUCGCGAGUCUACCACCGCAUUUGUCGAGGCAAUGCACGGUGAUUGCAUGCGUAUCACUCUGCGCAUGGCCCGCCCCUGGAAGUUCCGCCCAGGCCAGCACAUCUAUCUCUACAUUCCCGCUGUGGGAUGGACCACUUCGCACCCCUUCUCUGUCGGCUGGAGCGAGACACAUGACAGUGUCUCCGACGAGAAGUCCCUGCCCCUCACAGGCCAGGACCUUCUCAACGUGCCGCAAAAGGAAUCCAUUUCCCUCUUGGUUCGUCGCCGCACCGGUAUGACCGACAAGCUCUUCCAGCGUGCAGUGAACGCCCCCGACUCCAAGAUUACCCUGCGCGCCUUUGCCGAAGGCCCAUACGGAAAUAUUCACACAAUGGACUCAUACGGCACUGUGAUGCUCUUUGCUGGAGGUGUCGGUAUCACUCACCAUGUUCCCUUCGUCCGCCAUCUGGUUGACGGCUUCGCGAACGGCACUGUCGCUGCCCGUCGCGUCACCCUUGUCUGGAUCAUUCAGUCCCCGGAACACCUGGAGUGGAUCCGGCCCUGGAUGACCAGCAUCUUGGCCAUGGAUCGUCGUCGUGAAGUGCUCCGCAUCAUGCUGUUCAUUACCCGACCACGCAACACGAAGGAAAUCCAGAGCCCGUCUGCAACCGUGCAGAUGUUCCCUGGCCGCCCGAACGUCGAUACCCUCGUUGGUAUGGAGGUCGAGAACCAAAUCGGUGCAAUGGGUGUGCUGGUCUGUGGUAAUGGUGGUUUGAGUGAUGAUGUUCGCCGUGUUUGCAGGAGGCGACAGAAUCAUUCCAAUGUUGAUUUCGUGGAAGAGAGUUUCUCAUGGUAA